CGGGCCGGGGCGGCGCGGCGGGCGGGAAGGGGCGGGCAGCGCGCUCCCGCGGUGGCGGCGGCGGCGGCGGCAGAGCUCAUCCCGGCGGCCCAGCGCUCGAGUGGACGCGGGGCUUCGCAAAUGGCUUGUCCCGCUCUCGGUCUGGAAGCGCUCCAGCCCCUGCAGCCCGAGCCGCCCCCCGAACCCGCCUUUUCCGAGGCGCAGAAGUGGAUCGAGCAAGUAACUGGCAGGAGUUUUGGUGACAAAGAUUUUCGGACAGGCUUAGAAAAUGGAAUCCUUCUCUGCGAGUUGCUGAAUGCUAUAAAGCCCGGACUUGUUAAAAAGAUCAAUAGAUUGCCUACCCCCAUUGCAGGAUUGGACAAUAUUAUCCUGUUCUUGAGAGGUUGUAAAGAGCUUGGCCUGAAGGAAUCUCAACUUUUUGAUCCAAGUGACCUACAGGAUACAUCCAACAGAGUAACAGUCAAGAGCCUUGAUUGGAGCAGGAAGCUGAAAAACGUACUGGUAACCAUAUACUGGCUGGGAAAAGCAGCAAACAGCUGCACUUUCUACAGCGGAGCAACGCUGAACCUGAAAGAAUUCGAAGGCUUGCUGACUCAGCUGAGAAAGGAGACAGAUGACAUUGAGAGCCCCAAGCGUAGCAUUCGGGACAGUGGCUACAUCGACUGCUGGGACUCGGAGCGCAGCGACUCCCUGUCUCCUCCGCGCCACGGCAGAGAUGAUUCCUUCGACAGCCUAGAUUCCUUUGGCUCCCGCUCCCGCCAGACACCUUCGCCAGAUGUAGUUCUCCGGGGAAGCAGCGAUGGGAGAGGCAGUGACUCGGAAUCUGACUUGCCUCAUCGGAAGCUGCCAGAUGUGAAGAAAGAUGACAUGUCUGCAAGACGGACAUCUCAUGGUGAGCCGAAAUCAGCUGUGCCUUUUAACCAGUACCUCCCGAACAAGAGCAACCAGACGGCCUAUGUCCCCGCACCCCUGAGAAAGAAGAAGGCCGAGCGAGAGGAGUAUCGCAAGAGCUGGAGUACUGCUACCUCCCCCCUGGGUGGGGAGAGGCCCUUCAGAUACGGUCCAAGAACUCCUGUGUCUGAUGACGCAGAGAGCACGAGUAUGUUUGACAUGCGGUGCGAGGAGGAAGCCGCGGUCCAACCGCACAGCAGGGCCCGCCAGGAGCAGCUGCAGCUGAUAAAUACCCAGCUGCGCGAAGAGGACGACAAAUGGCAAGACGACCUGGCUCGUUGGAAGAGUCGUAGAAGAAGUGCUUCCCAGGACUUAAUCAAAAAAGAGGAAGAAAGGAAAAAAAUGGAGAAGUUACUGGCUGGAGAGGAUGGGAUAAGUGAACGGAGGAAAAGCAUCAAAACCUACAGAGAGAUCGUACAAGAAAAAGAGCGGCGAGAGCGGGAGCUGCAUGAGGCCUACAAGAAUGCGCGGUCCCAGGAGGAGGCGGAAGGCAUCCUGCAGCAGUACAUUGAGAGAUUCACCAUCAGUGAGGCGGUGCUGGAGCGCUUGGAGAUGCCCAGGAUUCUAGAGAGAAGCCAUUCCACAGAGCCCAACUUCUCCUCCCUGCGGAGUGAUCCCAACCCCAUGAAGUACCUGCGGCAGCAGUCACUGCCUCCCCCCAAGUUCACUGCCACCGUGGAGACCACCAUCUCUCACCCCGGCAUGCAGGAGGCCAGCAUGGCUGCUAGCAGUGGGUCUCCCAGCAAAACGGUCCCCCCCAAAGCAGUGCCUAUGCUGACAGCCAAGCCUUAUUCUCAGCCCAAGAACUCACAGGAAGUCCUGAAGACCUUUAAGGUCGAUGGGAAAGUCAGCAUGAAUGGAGAAACAGUUCAUUCUGAUGAGGUAGAGAAGGAACAGGAGUGCCUCAUGCUGGCCCCAGUCCCUUCAGCACCCUCACCCCAGACUCUGGAUACCACGGUCAGUGUGCACGGAGACCCCAUGGAGACACAGCAAGACAACAGUAGCUUGGAGAUCAGCAUAAAGGAGCCAAGUUCUGCUCUCCCGGAAUCAACCACAAAUACUGAAGAUGCUGGACCAAAUAGUCAAGAGGAUGAAAAUGAUGGUGGAAAACAAGAAAAAAGAAAUUCAGAAUUUGCCUCAUCAGAGCCGCAGCAUUACACAACCACUGUGACUCGAUCCAGCCUGAAUGUGACCUUUGUGGAGUUUGCCUCUAGUCCCUCGCAGAAGGAUGAUGUGCCAGAAGAAAAAGAUCUGAAGAAACCAGACAAUGAAAUGAGUGGAAAGGUGGAGCUGGUGUUUUCACAAAAGGUGGUAAAGCCAAAAUCUCCAGAGCCAGAAGCAACCCUGACGUUCCCGUUUCUGGAUAAAAUACCUGAGACCAACCAGUUACACUUGCCAAAUCUUAAUUCUCAAGCGAAUUCUCCAAGCGCUGAAAAGUCACCUGCCAGCACACUGCAGUUUAAGUUCUGGGCCUGGGACCCUGAAGAGGAACGCAGGCGACAAGAAAAAUGGCAACAGGAACAGGAGCGUUUGCUUCAGGAGAGAUACCAGAAGGAGCAGGACAAGCUUAAAGAAGAGUGGGAAAAGGCCCAGAAGGAAGUGGAAGAGGAAGAACGCAGAUACUAUGAGGAGGAGCGGAAAAUAAUUGAAGACACUGUAGUUCCCUUUACUCUUUCUUCAAGUUCUGCAGACCAGCUCUCGACAGCCUCCUCCAUCACAGAAGGCAGCACCACAGCGAAUAAGUUGGACUACUUGGAAUGCCAUCGAGAAGAAGAACAGGAGAGAAGACAGAAGAAACUGUUCCAGAGGGAGCACAAUGAUUUAUUGCCUAAGACUAGGGAGUGUGAUUCUUCUUCGGAGGGAAAGAGCAGCCAAACUCAAGGGGUUCUAGAAGUUUCUGAGACCCCUCUACCACAAGGACUCCAAGAGGACCAUCUGCCGGAUGCAGAGAGGAACCCCCACCUGGCUCAAGAUCCAGCCUGGCAUCAGCAGACAUUGAACCCACCCAUUCCCACCUUUGAAGAUGUGAAGCCAAAAACCCUCCCAUUGGAUAAAAGCAUUAACCACCAGAUGGAUUCUCCAAGUGAAAGGCGGAAGAAAAGCCCUCGUGAGAUCUUCCAAGACCGGCACCUCUCCCCCUACUCCCCCACCCCUCCUAACCAGUCACCAAACAGGUACCAGAGGUCUAUCAGUGGGAAGAAACUCUGCUCUUCCUGCGGGUUGCCUCUGGGGAAAGGAGCAGCCAUGAUCAUCGAGACCCUCAAUCUCUAUUUUCACAUCCAAUGCUUCCGGUGUGGAAUUUGCAAAAAUCAGCUGGGAGAUGCAGUGAGUGGGACGGAUGUUAGGAUCCGAAAUGGUCUUCUCAACUGUAAUGAUUGCUACAUGCGAUCCAGAAGUGCUGGCCAACCCACCAUGUUGUGAUGUGGUUUCACGUUUCCAAAACCCUCACCUGAGAGUCCCCCUGGCAAUCCUUUAACAGAAUCCUAAAUUCAGGGUCUUCUCAACAUUCAUCUUUAAUCUAAAAAGGCUAUUCUAAAAAAAAUGGUAUCUGUUCUUUUAUAUGACAGUGUUAGUGUUUUUCCUGGUUAAUUUUUAGUGUGUAAUCUUUUGGCAUUUCUACACAAUAUACAAAAGGAUAUUGAAUUGUAAUGAUCUGGAACAGUUCAAAAGAAGGUUUUUAGCAUGGUCGAAUAGGCUUAUGGUUUAAAAUGUGUUAUUCUCUUCUUUGGGAAUUCAUGAGUUAAAUAAUGCAAUAAAUCUGUUUUUGUCUGAGCAUUUCUAGAAAUUAAAUAUGUUUAUGUUUACAGAAUUGAGCUUCAGAAAGUGCAAGACAUGCCAAUUGAGACAUAAGGGGUCUUCUAAGACAGGCAUAUACUUGUAAUGCGUUUCAGAAACUACAAUUCACAUGAUAUCUCUGAGCUAUAGCUUGUUUUUUCAUGCAAAGUCACCAGUCUGAUAAUAGAGACAUUUGCAUUACUUAUCUUUGGGGGUAGACAUCUGUCCAAUAAAUUAUUGCACCAUUAGUAUUACAUUUUGCAUACUUUGGAAGGUAUAUAAUUCAAAGACUCUGGGUUAAUCAAUAAAGAGAACCCCUGCAAUAUUGGGCCGGCUUACACUCUGGGACAUUGCUCAAGGGUAGGAAGAAGAAACCAGAGAGACCUAUGUCACUCAUCAUUUCCAAGGUUAUUAUCAAAAUCUUUGAGGAAGGUUAAUCUUCAAAACAGUGUGGGUCAGUUGAUAGCCACAAGGCCUUUGCUACUUGCUCUUCUUCCGGCUCCCGAUUCAAUAAGAGACUUAAUGUGGAAGCUCUUGUUUGACGAUAAGUCCCUCAAGCAGUGAGAGCACCACCCACCCUGGCCUGUGUGUUCUCCUGGAGGGCCUGAAGCACAAGUGUCUCAAGAAAAUCAUCAAGCCCAUCCUAACAGAAUCCAGAUGACAAAUGAUGUCACAACUCAGCGAUGUGUGAUCAGCAAUUGUCUGCACCUCACACAGAGUCCUGCCCACUCAAAAAAAUGAGGAUGCACCCUCGUUCCCCUCCAACUCUCUUCACUGUGGAGAUUCUGGACCUCCUCAGGCAAACAUUUAGAUGGGAACUCUUGCGCUGGGUGACAGUUUCAGCUGCCCAAGAAUGGAAGCAAGUUGCUUAAAAACAAACAAACAAAAAGCAUCAACUUUAGCUCUCCAGUUUGUUUUCUUGAAGACUUGGGUCUGGGGAACUAUUUAUUCUGCCUUAAAACAAUGGCAAAGAAGUGAAGAUGACCUUUUGUGAAUGUAGACUAUGAACAUUCUUCAGAUAGGUUAAUGUAGCCAUAAAAGGAGAUCAAGUAGCUGGUUUUGUUGUUUUGGUUUUUAUUUUUUCUUCCUGUUAUGUGAGCAAUAAUUUCUUUGUGUCUUCUUGAGCCUGGCUGGCAAUUACUUAUUGACAUGCUAGUCGGUUCUCCGCAUGCAGGUUCCAUGUAAGUGCAGAAAUUUCCUCAUUGCUGGAGGGAUUUUGACCCUUUCAUCAUUUAGAUGAGCUGGUAUUAGAUUGAAAUUCACACAUCAUUUCAUUAAAAAUUGUGCCUUAGAAAACGCACGCUGUUGCACAUAGCCAGCGAUGAAUUACAGUUGCAGCACAUGGAUGAGAGAAGAAGUCACUUCCGAGUUUUCAAGACUUCUCAAGAAGCUGUAUGCUGUUUCACAGGGGGGAAAGAAAAUGAGAAAAAAAAAGAAAAAAUAGAAAACACAACAGAAAAAACGUUUUGAAAAUGUACAGAUUAAGCCCAAUAUUUUGAUUACCCACCUGCAUGUUUUAUUAAAUAUUUUGAUAAUGUGGAUGUUUACAUUUUGCAUGAUAGUGGCAGAGUACUUUACCAUAAAUGAUACACAAAACAUGUACAAUACGAUCAUUCAUAACUGUUUUUUAUAGAAGACUUUUUACAUGUGUUACCCCAGCUGUUCUGUAAGGAUUAUAUGAAUAUUGCACAUUCUCUCUGGCUUCACAAACCCAUUUAUACAUAUUUCUUAGUGAGACUCAUUGCACUUGUACUGCAGCAAGAAUUGAGUCAAGAAAAAUAAAGCUUCGUUUUCCCACUACGAAAUGUGCUUUUCCAUAAUGAACAAUAGUCACCAGCACAGAAUACUCUCCAACAUUUUCUAAAUUCUAAUUGCCAACUGUUUCUAUUUCUAUUUGAUUUAUAUUUCAUUUGCGGUCUGUUACAUGGCAGACCAGGCAGACAAGAUCUUGUUUUUUCCAAUGUAGCAUAAUGAGUAUGAUCUAUUUCUUUUCAAAUAUUCUUUGAAUCCCAGGAAAGAAAAAAAUGUUCUGCUCUGUUGAGCUACAAUGUAAAUGUGUUUGCUUGAAAAACAGAUGAGGCAAGUGAGUGUGAUUUAUGGUUCCUUAGGCAGUAGUUCAGAUUUUUUUUCUUAUCCUUCAAAAAUCUCUAGUCCCUUCUCUUUAGAGUAAAAAAGAGAGUGAAGGAAGCUUACUUAGUGUCCACUAGCCAACUCUCAUUACUUUUCCUUCUUUCUGUGUAGUUAUUAAUGCAACCCACAUUAGAGUUAUCUAUAGGCAAUAUAAGACCUAAUGAAUUGAAAUGAUUCACCUCAUUUGGAAGUCUGUCCAAAAGAAGCUAUGGUCUGGGUGGGCCAAUGUUCUACAUCCAUUAUACUAACCUUCAUUUUAAAUAUUUAUUCUAAAAUGCCUCUGAAAAAAUAUCCAAAAACUUUUAAAAAAUAAAUAAAAAGUUGUCUAAAAUGCAACAGCUUUUAUAGUCAAUGUACAUUUAUAAAUAAAAUACUCAAAUCAACUCUGCA